AUGGAGGAGAUAUUUGGCUGCCCAAAUUUCAUGGAGAAAUGGUUUCCCUUCUUGAAGGCAGAGGAUACCCCGAUAUUUUUCCCUCGGGUAGAGGCCAUCCUUGCAAAGGUGAAGGAUGUUCGCGAGUUAUGGCCAGGCGAAAAGAUCCUUAUCGUUUCCGAGUUUGUGCUCCUCCUUGACAUCAUCAAGGAAGGCAUCCAGCGGCGCAGUAAGACAGAUGCCAAGUUCAAGUUCCCUCUCACCGAGUAUAAUGGCACCGUGAACUUGGAAAACCGAGCUGGUGGUUCUGGCCUCAACCUUGCCAGGGCCACGCAUAUCAUUAUCACCGAGCCUUUUUGGACACCUGGUCCACUACAACAGGUCAUCGGGCGAGCUCACAGGUUUUCUCACGAGAAUACUGUCCAUGUUUGGCACAUGAUAGCCCACCCAUCAUAA